AUGAAUAAUCAAACUGGAAAAUUUUUACUGAUCGAUGAUAAAAUAAAUAUAAUAUUAAAUAAAUUCAAUUUGGUUCAAAUAAAAAAAAAUACUAGCAAAACACAAAAUCGUUUAGUUUUAUCUGAAGUCGAAAAAGGAAUAUAUGUACUUAUUGCCGAAGAAAAUGAUGAAGUUUUACAAAACAGACAAUCAAGAGAAUUGAACAUCGAUGAAAUAUUAAAUGUUCAAGUUUUCCAAGCGAAAAAUCUUCAAUUAACCGAUGAAGACAUCGAUACUCCAGUGAAGGCAAGCAGAUAA